AUGUUGAGCUUGAAUUUGUCGGACGAGCUGCUGGGGACCGUGGCGCCGAUAAUCGUGUACUGGGCUUAUUCGGGCUUGUACGUUUUGCUGGGCUCGCUCGAUAACUACAGGCUUCACUCGAGGAAAGAUGAAGAUGAGAAGAAUUUGGUGUUAAAGAGAGAUGUGAUCAAGGGCGUGCUCCUCCAGCAGGCGGUUCAGGCUGUUGUGGCCACAAUCCUCUUUGCUGUCACGAGCAUCGACUCAAACUCAAACGCCGCCACACAAUCACACAAACCGGCUUCUUCCCUACUUGUGCUCGCUCGGCAAUUCCUCGUGGCCAUGCUAGCGUUCGACACGUGGCAGUACUUCAUGCAUCGAUACAUGCACCACAACAAAUUCCUCUACCGACACAUCCACUCCCAACACCACCGUCUAUUAGUGCCUUACGCUUUCGGAGCACUCUACAACCACCCGAUUGAAGGCCUCCUCCUCGACACGUGCGGUGGGGCCCUCGCCUUUCUUCUCUCCGGAAUGUCCCCACGCGCUUCUAUUUUCUUCUUCUCGUUUGCGACCUUGAAAACCGUGGACGAUCACUGUGGGCUGUGGCUGCCCGGGAACUUUUUCCACUUCCUCUUUAGAAAUAACUCGGCUUAUCACGAUGUUCACCACCAGCUGUACGGGAACAAGUACAAUUUUUCGCAGCCGUUUUUCGUGAUGUGGGACCGUAUGCUCGGGACUUACAUGCCUUACUCGCUCGAGAGGAGAGGUAAUGGGGGGUUCGAGGCCCGGCCCACUAAGGACUUCACGAGGAAGAUCGAUUGA